AUGAUCAUACUGCACUUGUCUGUCUUUCUUUUCAUCACAGCCUCUUCGAAUAUUAAUAAUCCUCAAAAGAUCAGCUGCUCGUACGACUCAAUUUUCAGCUUUGGCGAUUCAUACGCUGACACCGGAAACUUCCGCCCCACCGGACCCCUUGCUUUCCCCAUCCGAAACCACCCUUACGGCCAAACGUUCUUCCACCGCCCCACCGGAAGAUGCUCCGAUGGCCGCCUCAUUGUUGACUUCAUUGCUGAGGCAUAUGAUUUGCCUUAUUUACCUCCUUUUAGAGAAAUUAAUAAGGGCGCGAGAAUCGAGCACGGAGUGAACUUUGCGGUCGCGGGUGCCACAGCUUUGGAUGCAACAUUCUUUUACGCUCGGGGCCUUGGGCUCGUCUUGUGGACGACCGAUUCGUUGAGUGUUCAACUCGGAUGGUUCAAGGAAGUCAAAGCUAACUUUUGCUCGAAGCAACAAGAUUGUGCAAAGUAUUUUAAACGAUCACUGUUCUUGGUGGGGGAGAUCGGAGGCAACGACUACAACUACCCCUUUUUGGGCGGCGCCGCCACUAUUCAACAGUUGACGGCGGUGGUGCCUCUUGUGGUUCACUCCAUUGUUUCUGCUACCGCCAUGUUGAUUGAGGAAGGGGCGGCGGAACUGGUGGUGCCGGGCAACUUGCCGAUUGGAUGCAGUACUGCGUAUUUGACGGCUUUUGCGACGGCUAACCGGACUGCCUACGACGAUUACGGCUGUCUUAAGGCCUACAAUGGCUUUUCCGAGUACCAUAAUUUUCAGCUUCAACUUGCGUUGGGUGAAUUGCGACGGAAAUAUCCCCAGGCCAAGAUCAGCUACGCCGACUACUACGGCGCCGCCAUGACAUUCUACCGGAAUCCGCUGCGCUACGGAUUCAAGAACGGCGCCUUGGUGGCUUGUUGUGGCGGGUUAGGGUUAGGGCCGUAUAAUUUCAAUAUUUUGAUAAGAUGUGGCGACCUAAUAUCAAAUGUGUGUGCCGAUCCAUCAGCAUCCGUGAGCUGGGACGGGAUCCAUCUCACAGAGGCAGCCUAUCGUGUCAUCGCUAAGGCUCUACUUCACGGGCCGUACAUUUCCCCACCUCUCACUUGUGUCGCUUCUUGA